AUGCCGAAAAAUCCAUUUGUGAACUGUAAAUCACGUAAACGAAGAAAGAUCAGAAGAGUACCAACCAUCACACCUAAAGAGAAGUUAUUUUGUCCCCGGACCAUGGUAAGGUAUGAUGGAUCGCACAGUGAUUACCCUACCAAAUGGGUAUGUAAAAUGUGCCUGAAAGUCGUUUUAAGUGAGGAAGCCGUCAAGAACCAUUUAAACAAUUGCAGUGGUCAAUCUAACCGAGCUAUACCUCCCAAACAAACGAACAAAAUUGAAGAUACUCAAUAUAUAUGUGAGUAUUGUAACAAGGUAUUUUCAAGGCGUGUUACGCUAAAGAAGCACUUGGAAGAACAUGAAAAAUCAUCUAGCAGUCUAGAAUCAGAAUUAUCUGACAAUGAAGUUGAAGAUGUUCCUUUAAUAACAGAACAUGCAAAUGACAAUAACGACAAACCUGAGGAGCAGUCCAUUCAAUAA